AGGCAGUCUGACAGUAUGGCGGCGGGGUGCAGCUGGAAGGAUGCUACUGUCGCCCGUGAUGUGUCUAUCGCCGGCAGGACGUAAAUGGACAAUUGACGGCAAAAAGAGCAGAGGAUUCAGCGAGAAAGGCCUGUCGCCGUAAGCUCCAAAGAUGGCCAGGCUCGCCGACUACUUUGUGGUUAUUGGCUACGACCUCGACAAGCGAGCGGAGGGUGAAGGUCAAGGUCGCAUUCUCCAGCGGUUUCCUGAGAAAGACUGGGAGGACAGCCCAUUCCCACAAGGCGUAGAGCUGUUCUGUCAGCCCAGUGGUUGGCAGCUGGUUCCUGAGCGGCAGCCUACCUCCUUCUUUGUAGCGGUUUUGACUGACAUCAACUCGGAUCGUCACUACUCUGCCUGCUUCACCUUCUGGGAGGGACUGGACAACCCGCAGCUGCAGAAGGCUGAGGCCAGCGAGGUGGAUGAAGUGGAUGAGGAGCUGGCCGUCGUCCAACCAGCGAAGGUUUUUGCCCCUAAGAGCCUGGUGCUGGUGUCCCGCCUGGACUACACAGAGGUGUUCAGGAACUGUCUGGGUCUGAUCUACACCAUCCAUGUAGACAGCCUGUCUGUCCCCUUGGAAACGGUGAUCGGAAAUCUCCUCACUUGUGUCAUCCCGAUCGCUGGAGGCUCUCAGACAGAUGAGUCCCCAGUUUGUAGUUUAGACAAGGUUCCUCAGGCCCUGGCCUGUGACUGGCUGCUGGCCUGUCUCCAGCCGGGCCAAGAAGAGAGAGAGGAGAGAUUGAGGACCAUAACUUUAGGUGCUGGCGACCGGCAGGUGAUCCAGACUCCCAUCAAUGACUCGCUUCCUGUCAGCGGCAGCAGUGUGGCCCAGCUCUUCAGACAGCUCGGCAUCAUCAACGUGUUGUAUCUGUUCUGUGCGGCGCUGACGGAACACAAGAUCCUGUUCUUGUCCAGCAGCUACCAGAGACUGACGGACGCCUGCCGUGGACUGCUGGCCAUCAUGUUCCCCCUCAAAUACAGCUUCACCUACGUUCCCAUCCUACCGGGAAAACUACUAGAGGUCCUGAGCACCCCCACUCCCUUCAUCAUUGGUGUCAAUUCAUUCUUCCGCUCCGAGACACAAGAACUGUUGGAUGUGAUCAUCGCUGACCUGGACGGCGGCACGGUGACAAUCCCCGAGUGUGUGCACAUCUCCCUGCUGCCUGAACCGCUCCUUCAGCAGACACAGACCGCGCUCUCCAUGGUUUUGGAUCCAGAGCUGGAAGUGGCUGAUCAUGCCUUCCCCCCAAUGUCCACGCAACCGUCUUCACCUAAGAUCCAGGAUAAGGAGAUUCGAGGAGUCUUUCUGUGGCUGUUCGCUCGGCUCUUUCAGGGCUAUCGCUGGUGUUUACACAUCAUUCGCAUUCACCCCGAACCAGUGAUCCGCUUCCACAAGGCCGCCUUCCUGGGUCAGAGGGCGCUGUCGGAGGACGACUUCCUCAUGAAGGUGUUGGACGGCAUGGCGUUUGCAGGUUUCGUGUCAGAGAGGGGGCCUCCCUACAGAGCCACCGACCUGUUUGAUGACCUGGUAGCCAAUGAGGUGGAGCGGAUACGACAAGAGGAGACCUGUCCACAGAAAGUCAUGAACCAUGUGAAGGAGCUGGCCGAGCAGCUCUUCAAAAACGAGAAUCCGUACCCCGCGGUGGCGAUGCACAAGGUCCAGCGACCGUCUGAAAAAAGCCAGACCACUACACAGAAUCAGACGUCCUUCCCUGUGUUGGACGACGUCGCGGUGCAGCUCUUCGUCGACCACGCCGCCGCCAAGCUCAAGACCGCGCCUCCCGUCGUCAAGGCGGAGUUCAAGAGCAUGGUGCCAUCCGGGCCCCCGCUGGGAGACUUCGUGGACAGAAACGGCAACGUGAUGGCGAAUAGCGCUCGCAGGCUGGAAGUGGUCAGGAACUGCAUCACGUACAUCUUUGAGAAUAAGAUGCUGGAGGCAAAGAAGUUGAUGCCAGCUGUACUGCGGGCGCUGAAGGGUCGGGCAGCCAGGGUUUGUUUGACCCAGGAGCUCAAUCAGCAUGUCCUACAGAACCGAGCUGUGCUGGAUGACCAGCAGUUCGACUACAUCGUCCGCAUGAUGAACUGCACCUUACAGGACUGUUCACAUAUGGACGAACACGGCAUUGCAGCCGCCCUGCUUCCACUGGUCACAGCCUUCUGCAGAAAACUGGGCGCAGGCAUCACUCAGUUUGCCUACAGCUGCGUGCAGGAGCACAUGGUGUGGACCAACAUGCAGUUCUGGGAGGCCAUGUUCUACAGCGACGUCCAGAACCACAUCAGGGCUCUGUACCUGGAGACAGAGGACGGUGAUCAGCAGAAGAACCUGGAGCAGCAGGACGGGUCGGGGGGCGGACGAGAGGUCAGCGCGCUGGAGCUGGCGUCGGAGCAGAACAGACUGUGGCCGACGCUGAGCAAGGAAAUGCAGACGGAGCGCGUGCAGAAGGAGGAGAGCACGGUGUUCAGUCAGGCCAUCCACUACGCCAACAGGAUGAGCUACCUGCUGCUGCCGCUGGACACCAGCAAGAACCGCCUGCUGAGGAGCUCGGGCAUCGGAGACGUGGAGAGUGUGAGCAACAGCUACGUCACUAACAGUAUUGCAGGCAGCAUGGCGGAGAGCUACGACACAGAGAGCGGCUUCGAAGAUGCCGAGAGCUCAGACGUGGCCAACUCUGUGGUGCGCUUCAUUAACCGCUUCGUAGACAAAGUGUGUAACGAGAGCGGCGUGACCAAUGAGCACCUUAAGGCUCUCCACACCAUGAUACCAGAUAUCGUUCAGAUGCACAUCGAGACGUUAGACGCAGUCCACAGGGAGAGUAAGAGGCUGCCUCCAAUCCAAAAGCCCAAGUUGCUGACGCCGACUCUGUUGCCGGGUGAGGAGCUGGUGAUGGACGGCAUGCGCGUCCACCUGAUUCCCGACGGCCGCGAGGAGGCCACGGGGGUGAUGGGAGGUCCGCCGCUGCUCCCCGCUGAGGGUGCCAUCUUCCUCACCACCUACCGACUCAUCUUCAAGGGCACGCCUACAGACCCACUGGUGGGGGAGCAGGUGGUCACUCGCUCGUUCCCUAUAGCCUCUCUCACCAAGGAGAAGAGGAUCUCAGUCAGUUUACCCAUGGACCAGUUUGUCCAGGAGGGGCUGCAGCUACGAUCCUGCACCUUCCAGCUGAUGAAGAUCGCGUUUGAUGAGGAGGUUGCGUCAGACCUGGCCGAGGUUUUCAGGAAGCACAUGCACAAGCUGCGUUAUCCCCAGCAUGUCCAGGGCACGUUUGCCUUCACUGUGGGUCAGAGUGGGAAGAUGGUGGUGGAGCACAAGACCAAGGACAAGAACCAGUCGCUCAAGACUCUUUCCAAGAACCUGGUGAAGAGUGCCAAACGGACCAUAGGUCGGCAGUAUGUGACCAGGAAGAAGUAUUCUCCGCCCACCUGGGAGAACAGGAGCAGCUUGCAGUCAGAGCUGGAUGAGGAUGAAAUCUCAGUCUCAGAGGAGGUGGACCAGAGCUCCCUCACCCUCUCCUCCACCAUCCGUUCAUCUGACAGACAGACCAUGAGUAACGUGGUGGAGCGGGCCUGUUGUCGCGACUACCAGCGUCUGGGUCUGGGCACGCUCAGUAACAGCCUGACACGCUCCAAGAACGAGCCCUUCAGGAUUUCAACUGUUAACCGCAUGUACACCGUCUGCAGGAGCUACCCCGGCCUGCUGAUAGUGCCUCAGAGCAUCCCGGACACGACCAUCCAGAGAAUCUGCCGCUGCUACCGACAAAACCGCUUCCCUGUGGUUUGCUGGAGGAAUUCGAGAACCAAGGCUGUCCUUCUGCGCUCCGCAGGCCUCCACGCUAAGGGUGUCGUGGGCUUCUUCAAGUCCCCCAACGCCCCCACUGCAGUGCCCUCCCAGGCAGACUCCACCAGUCUGGAGCAGGAGAAAUACCUGCAGGCCAUCAUCAGCUCCAUGCCUACAUACAGUGAGAGCAGCGGCAGGAACACACUCAGUGGCUUCACCUCCACACAUAUGAGCACCUCCGACUCGUCAGACAAGCUGAGGCAGCCCAAGAUCGGCGCUCUGAUGAAACAGGUGAUGGGCACCAAGGAGGAUGUUCCUGGAACCUUCAGCAGAGGAGCUCUGGGUCAAAGGGCGAAAGUCAUCUCCCUCUCUCAGCCCAAAGUGUCUGGCAAGGCCAGGAACCCUCCUAGAGGUAAAUGGGGCAGUAUCCGAGGCAGCGGGCGUCUAAGUGCCUACAACCCAGACGUGGGGACGCGUCUGGCUGGAAAAGAGUCUCCGCAGCCCAACGGAGGGCCAAGUGAGGCGCUGUUCCUACGCCAGCAGAAGGCCUACCUCUACAUCAUUGGAGACAAGGCCCAGCUCAAGGGAGGGAAGCAGGACUCGUUCCAGCAGUGGGAGGUGGUUCCCAUCGAGGUGUGUGACGUGCGGCAGGUGAAGAACAGCUUUAAGAAGCUGAUGAAAGCCUGCGUGCCGAGCUCCCUGACCUCCGACCCCAACAUGACUUUCCUUCGAUGCCUGGAGGAGUCGGAGUGGAUGGCUCUGCUGCACAGGGUGCUGCAGGUAUCUGUCCUGGUGGUGGAACUUCUGAACACAGGCUCGUCGGUCAUGGUCAGCCUGGAGGACGGCUGGGACGUCACGACUCAGGUGGUGUCCCUGGUGCAGCUGCUGUCCGACCCCUACUACAGAACCUUUGACGGCUUCCGGCUGCUGGUGGAGAAGGAGUGGCUGUCGUUCGGCCACAGGUUCAGCCACCGCGGAGCUCAGACGCUGGGCAGCCAGAACAGCGGCUUCACCCCCGUCUUCCUGCAGUUCCUGGACUGCGUGCACCAGAUCCACCUCCAGUUCCCCAUGGAGUUUGAGUUCAGUCAGUACUACCUGAAGUUCUUGGCGUACCACUACGUGUCCAACCGCUUCCGCACCUUCCUGCUCGACUCCGACUACGAGCGCAUAGAGCUGGGAGUGCUUUAUGAGGAGAAAGGAGAGAGGAAAAGCCCUCAGGUGUGUAAGUCUGUGUGGGACUACAUCGACAGACUCAACAAGAAAACACCCGUCUUCUACAACUACAUGUUCUCUCCUGAGGAUGACGAGGUGCUGCGGCCGUACACCUUCGUCUCCAACCUGAAGGUGUGGGACUUCUACAUGGAGGAGACUCUGUCCGAGGGGGCGUCCUACGACUGGGAGACGAGGGGACGGCAGGAGCGCGUGGCAGAGGAGAUGGGGGAGAAACCCGACACCAGCGGGCCCAAGUCGCAGCGGCGCAUCGUGUGGCCGUGUUACGACAGCCUGAGCAAGGUGGUGCCCGACGCCAUCACCAAGCUGCUGCAGGACCUGCAGAGUCUGGAGGCCGAGCUCGGCCAAACGUCAGAGAAGUGGAAGGAUACGUGGGAUAAAAUCAAGACCGCGCAGAGGACGGAGACCAAACUGGAGAGCAAGCCGUCGUUCUCCAGCUCCCUGCUGAUGUCGUCCAACCUGAGCCACCAGCGGCGUUCUCAGGGCGUCUAUCUGCAGGAGAGCGGCGUGGGAUCCUCCAUCAACCUGGCGCUGGACUGCGAGGCCAGCGCCACCUCCACGCCUGUAGCCGGUCGGCCGAGCACCAGCACCCUCUACAGCCAGUUCCAGAGCACCGAGAGCGAGAACAGGAGUUUUGAAGGCAUCCUGUUCAAGAAAGGGGCAUUGUUGAAACCAUGGAAACCUCGGUGGUUUGUGCUGGACAAGACCAAACAUCAGCUGAGAUACUACGAGAGCAGGCAGGAUAAGGAGUGUAAAGGCGUGAUCGAGCUGGCUGACGUGGAGUCCGUCACUCCAGGAACUCCUGCCAUGGGAGCACCCAAAAACAUCGAGGAGAAAGCCUUCUUUGAUCUCAAGACGACCAAACGAGUGUAUUACUUCUGUGCCCAGGACAGCCUGAACGCACAGCUGUGGAUGGACAGUGUUCAGAGCUGCUUGUCAGAUGCCUAGAGUGGAGGCUGGACUCUUUACAGGAGCGAUGCAACCAGGAACGACUGAGCGGCGCCUGAUGGACAUCUCUGCCAGCCAAUCCCAGCGGAGUGGGGAGGGGAAGGGGCCUUUCACCACUUACAGCUCUGUUCUGUUCGCUAGUGUUGAACUAAUAACCUGCGUCACGUUUCAGUGUUUUUGUUAUAAAAAAAAAACGAAAAAGAAAAAAAAAAAAAAACAAAGUUGUCCCUGAAGAACCACUCGCUGUCGUCUCACCACAUAGCUACAGCCUCUCACCUCCCUGACAGUCUGACCACUAUGUGCGCUGGAUGUCUGUAUGCACAGAAACAAUGCAUAUUAAAGCACGUUGUUGCAUUUCUUGUGAGGCGUCUUGCAGCUUGGACCAGCAUGAAGAUCUUUCCAGAACCCUCCACCUUUAAACCACGACCCGUUCUCCUUCCUACUAACCACGGUCGCCCUUUAAAACACUCCGGGGAGGAAUGAGAGAGGAGCAGCCCGUAACCCCCAGCAACACACACGACUCGAGAGACGGCUCUGGAGGAGAAUCUAAAAAGACCGACUGAUGGGUUGACGGACCAAAAAAAAACAACCCUGAGGAGCUAACGGUCCUCGGCGGUCUCUGCUCUCUUUGCCUCUCACUGCCUGGUGUAGCCUGUUGGCAGUGUAUUCAGAAGAAGUCUCAGUGGACUGUGACGCUGCAACUGCAUGAGGAGGGAGGGGGGACUCCUCAGCGGCUCAUGAAGGAUUUCCUUUUCCUUUUUUCUUUUUUUUUUUCUUUUCUAAAAUCUCAAAUUUAUACCGGAAAGCGAUCAAUGCUCAUCGACGAUGAUGAUGACGACAACGACGACGAUGAUGAUGAUGAUGAUGACGAUAUACUGUGAAAGCCAUGAAUCAGUCGUAGAGAUCAAAGCAGGAGGAGCCAGUGGGAGAUUAGAAUCUGUCAGGUAUUGAGUGUGUCGGUGAACUUUCACUGAGAGUGUUUACAAAGUAGAUAAAACUUCCCUCACUAAGCUCAACUCGGCUCUGACCCCCCACCCCCGCACCCCCCACGUGUUUUUAAUCAACCACUGUUAACAUUCAGAUUUUUAAGGGAUGCUGAAGGAGAAAGGACGGAUUUAUUUUGUUGUGAUGAUCUGGAAGGAAGGAAGGGAAUUAAAGAGGAACGGAAUGAUAUUAUGGGAUGCUUCAGAGAGACUAUAGUUUUUAAAGAUGGACACUGUGUCGUUCUGACAGGAUGUUUGUUAAAGGAAAAUUGCAGCAUUUUUCAACCCGAGUCUCUCUCAUUAUUGUGUCCAUGUGACUCUGGGACAUACUGAAUUUACACUCUCCACCUCCGUUGUUGGAAGCGUAAACAACAAAGUGACACAUAUCAGUGAAAGCAGAGUGAGACAGCAGCAGCUUUCAUAUACAUUUAGAUUUAAAUUAAACCCUUUCAGUAAUGACAGUAAACGCAUAGAUUAGCCUCCUGGAUUAGCUUUUAUGGCUAACUGCAAGCUUGGUAAACAUGUAUCAGCUGGUUUAAUAAACUAGCCGUUUGAUUAGCUAGCUGACUAGCAUCUGCAAAGAUCAACUCCUAUUGCUUAUCAUUUCAUGUGUAGCAAGAUUCUACGUCAUCAGAGGGAAAUGGAUACAAGGCUUUGUAUGUUUUCUUGACUUAGAAAACAAACCUGUCGUUUGCUACUUCUUCUCCAGCAUGUACACACACUGAAUCAGCUGCCACAGCCUACAUGUAAACAAACAGACACAUGUAAACAAACCGACACAUGUAAACAAACAGACACAUGUAAACAAACAGACACAUGUAAACAAACAGACACAUGUAAACCGGCAAACGAGCAGGGAGCUAGCUUGGUUAGCUGUGUAGUUGCACUAGAAUAAAUCACUAUGCAGUUAGCGACAAUAGCUAAUCCAGGCGGCUAAUUUCAGUGUUUACUCUUGUUUGCUUCAGGAGGUUUGCCCUGGAUACGUAAUCACAUAUCACUGUCCCGGAAAAAAACAUGGUUCAUGCAUUUCUUCAAAUGGAAGCAGCGGGUGCAACGUUAAUAUGAGCCACAGUUAAAAUGAACAGUUAUGAGAAUAAGAGCUAAAUUGAAAAAUACCAUAAUUUCCUGUUAAUGAUGCUGGAACAGGUGAAGUCAGGUUCCAUCACACACAUCACGUGUCCUCAGUGUCCAGAUACGAGUCUGAAGCUGUUCACACUGAACCUGUUUCAGAGUCGUGUCGACAGCAGUGUCUCACUUUAGCGCCUGUCACCUUCAGUGCUGAAACCUGUACAUAGACCAGUUUAUAUCUGUUAGAGUUGUAGAGAAACAGUACGUUUAGCUGGAAGGUUUCAAACAUCGUUUUUUGUUUUUUUUGUUUUUUUUAUGGUUUGUCAUUAUGCCCCACCCCCCACACCCCCCCACACCCCCCCCCACACCUCCCAACCUCCACCCCACCUCUAUUCACCCUCCUCCUCCAGAAACAGAAACCACUCAAGACCCACACUUGUUAACACAAACCCUGCUAUGUAAAAUAUGGUUCUACUGCUGUCUUGUUGAACAUAAAAUUUGAAAUUGUAGAUUUUUUUUGUCUAAUAACUCCUUUGUAUAUACUACUCCAGAUUUGUAUGUAACGUUUAUGGUAGUAAUUUAUUUAACUUGUCUCCUCCGUAAGAAAGUUCCACCACUUUAUUUUUAAAUUAGGAAUUCAAUGUGCCAUUUGUUUAUUUCUGUAUUAAUGUGACUAAUGGGUUUUGUUUUUUUGUUUUUUUUCUUUUUGUUUUUGAAGAAAAUGUACAAGUAAACCCUCAUUGUAUUUUUUUUUUCUUUUUUUUCUUUGUAAACACGGUUGUCCUUACUCAACACCAACCGUUAAUGCAAGAGUGGAAAUGGUGUGUUAGUGGAAGAGUAAAAGCCUCUGGGGUGGUUUUUAAAGGCUGGUUGGAUUUUACUGUGUUGGUUUCUGGACGUAGAUUACAGUCAAAUAAAUCUGAACGGUCAAAUGUCUUACUGGUGCUGGGUUCUGCUGACUGGCCUGCUGUUAGCUUAACAGACUCCUUUUGGGCUAAUUAGUCCGUGACGAGAUGGGACACUGUAAUAAGUAAGGCUGCCUAAAUGAAGUGUGUAACAGGUGAAGUCAAAAGUAGUUCAAUAUUUGGUUGUUAACACUAUAAAUCAUAAAUAAACAAUUACAUCAAGUUAAUGCUUACUACUCAGUAAUCUUACUAAUUAGUUACUACCAUUUAUAACUGGCAAAAGGAGCCUUAUAGUAAAAUGUAAAACACAUCAUUUAUUAAUCACUUACAAUAAGACUCCUUUUACUAGUAGUAUGAGUAGUAAGCAUUAACUUGAUCUUGCCAAAUAGUGAGCCUGCAUCACUGUAUGAAAACUGUUAUAACUUGAAUUGUUUAUUUAUGAUUUACAAAGUGUUAACAGAAUUAAUAACCUCAUUAUAAACCAUUUAUAAAUCCUUAAUAAGGGUAGUCUUAUUGUAAAGUGGUACCAAGAUAUUAAUCAAAGAUGCUAAAAUUUUGGUAACAUGAGUCAACAUGGUUUUAUUAAAAAAAACAAACAUUUAAUACCAGGUAAACCAGUGAUGUCACGGUGUACUGACACACCCAGGAGUACACUUCUACAUCACUGUAGAAAUGUCAAAAUCAGAGCUGCAACUAACAGUUACCUUAUCAAUUUAUUAAUUUGUUCAGUGUGUAAAAUGUCAGAGUUCAAAGUGAUGUCUUCAAAUGUUCAAAUUUAAGAAACGAGAACUGGAAAAUUUGUAGCAUUUUUUGCUUGAAAGGGAUUGAAAACGAUUUUAAUCAAUUAGCAAAAGAUCAUCAAGGUUUUGGUUAAGUUGCUCUUUAAGUUCACUGUAAAGUAACAAUAUGCUGCUAAAACUAAUUGAUCCACAUUUUAGCUGCUUGUUCUAAUGCCAGAGCGGAAAGACAUCAUUUUGAGUGGUUAUUGUUCCUAAUCAAUUGUAUUGAUGAGCAUGACAACAAUGUUAAAACAAGGUGUAUAGUUGAAGUAUCUGUGUGGCAUCCUGUCGUGUAUUAACUACUCAGCAUCCAUCAUCAGUUUGCUGGAGACGUCCACAACAUUAUGAUUCUUACUCGGUUUGACCUUGUGCACCUUAAAAUAAUCUUCCCCCGAGCAGCAGAUGGACCAAAGUGACAGCAGGAGUCUCUGCAGCAGCCAGAACUCGCCUGAGUGAAGUGACUGUAGUCCACAUCCAGUCAGACCCAGCUCAUCUUUUCACUCUAGUUUACUCAUCUCUCUGUGGUAAUUCUACAACAGUCAACGGCUAAAUUAACCACAGCAAUAUGACAUAAUCCUUUUUAUUUAUUUGGUUUUUUUAAAUUAGAAAUGACAUUCUGAGCCGGGUUAUGUUGUCAAUCAUGUCAAUAUAGUUUUUAGAAUCCAAAUAAAAACUGUGGGUUUAAAUGUU